CUUUUCAGCACCACCAGGAUAUAAUGUGAUCGAAGUUUACCCACUCAACAACCCACUUUGCAUCACAUUUUGGACUCCCUCAGAGUCCAUUAAAACGCCCCUGGCACGUACACCUCUGUACGAUCCACUCGUGGGGAGUGGCGGCAUCGAGGUCACUGCCUGCCAGGCUUGA